AUGGUAGUGGGUAGUCUCAGUGAACCUGUACCUCUGGCUGAGACCAGACUCAUUCGGCCUACAGCCAUCAGCCCACCUUUCACGGGCCUGAGCCCAGGUAGCCAGGUCUCUGGUGUUCCCCUUGCCUUUAUGCUAGAGAAGAAAGUCCAAGUUGCCCACAAUAGAGGAGAGAUGGGCUGUUGUCUUUUAGAAACCCCUGGAGGGUAUCAUAUCCCGAGAGGAAGAGGUAGCAGGGACCUCUGCGAGAACGGUGAUGGCGAGCCUUGUGUGCUCAACGCCAAAUCCACUUAUGGAUCGCAGAAUGUCAGCGCUGCAAAGCUGAGUGCCCAGCUGCUGGGGCAAGCUGGAGCCUGUGGCCAGUGUGUCUGCUGUGGCCCGUGUGCCCUUCCUGCAUGCCACAUCCCUUCCCUGCAUAUCCUCAGAGAACUGACUGCAAGUUCGGAUUGUGCCUCUUCAAAUCGGAUGUGUGACAAUCUCAGUCGCUCUGGUACAGAGUAUUCCUUAAGCCCUAGCAACUACCUUGAAGAUGGAAUUAUGAAUAUGGCAACUUUUCUACGGGGCUUUGAAGAAAAAGGGAUAAAGAACGACAGGCCUGAAGACCAGCUAAGUGAAGAGAAAAGGAAAAUUCUGUUCUCUUUUUGUGACGUGUGCAACAUCCAGCUGAACUCCGCAGCCCAGGCGCAGGUCCAUUACAACGGCAAAUCCCACCGCAAACGGGUCAAGCAGCUGAGCAAUGGGCAGCCCGUGCCCACAGCCCAGGGCUCAGGGCUCCUGCUGGCCAGCCCCAGUAGCAACUCCAGCACAGGCAGCACAUGCCACACCACUACCCUUCCCGCUCUUGUGCGCGCACCUACCCUCAUGAUGCAGCCUUCGCUGGACAUCAAACCAUUUAUGUCUUUUCCAGUGGACAGUAGUUCUGCUGUUGGGCUCUUUCCAAAUUUUAACACAGUGACAGGCAACAGAAAUAUAGAAGAUGUGGGAAGAGAAAGGAUUUUAGCAACAAAGAGCCAGGCCGAGGCCCACUACAAAGGAAGUAAACAUGCCAAGAAGGUCAAAGCACUAGAGGCAACGAAAAGUAAACCCAAAAUGGUUCCCUCCAAGGACAGCGCAAAGGCUAACCCCAGCUGCUCCACCACUCCAAUCACAGGCAACAGCUCUGACAAAUCAGAAGAUAAAGGGAAACUAAAAGCCAACUGUGCCAGUCAGCCAUUGGGCUCUGAAGGUGGCUCACUGUUCCUCAAGUCUAGCACGACAGCUCUGCCACCUGGCGCUGCCACCUCACCCUCCAAGAGUACAAAUGGAGCUCCCGGCACUGUUGUUGAAUCAGAAGAAGAAAAAGCCAAAAAAUUACUUUACUGUUCACUAUGUAAAGUGGCUGUGAAUUCCCUGUCACAGCUGGAGGCCCACAAUACAGGAUCUAAACACAAGACCAUGGUUGAGGCUCGCAAUGGAGCUGGGCCAAUUAAGUCCUAUCCUAGACCAGGAUCAAGAUUAAAGAUGCAGAAUGGCAGUAAGGGAUCAGGACUACAGAACAAGACAUUUCAUUGUGAAAUCUGUGAUGUUCACGUUAACUCUGAAAUUCAGCUCAAACAGCACAUUUCCAGCCGAAGGCAUAAAGACCGGGUUGCAGGGAAACCACUGAAGCCAAAAUACAGCCCAUACAACAAACUCCAGCGGAGCCCCAGCGUUCUAGCAGCAAAACUUGCAUUCCAGAAAGAUAUGAUGAAGCCCCUGGCCCCCGCCUUCCUGUCCUCUCCCCUGGCAGCAGCGGCGGCUGUGUCCUCUGCGCUGUCACUCCCGCCCCGGCCAUCCGCGUCGCUUUUCCAAGCACCAGCUAUCCCUCCAGCUCUGCUGAGGCCAGGCCAUGGGCCCAUCCGUGCCACCCCAGCCUCCAUCCUCUUCGCCCCCUACUAACAAGCGCAAGCCCCACCGCAAUCCAGGCCAGUGCAGAAGCUGAGAAGAAAAGCCAAACGGAUAUCAGCAAUUUGAGCACUUUGUGUUGCCGUACCUACCCCAUCCACCCACCUAGUGCAGCCUGCCUUCUCAACCCACCAAAGUCCAGCUCCAAAGGAAAAAAAAUCGCUAGAUUCAAGAGCGCUUUAAUGGAUUGCCCCUGUGACUUAGGGACGUGGGCAGCGUAGGCUUUCUCCCCUCAGUCCUCUCUCCCCGAUCUCAUGCAAUUGGUGUAUCUGAGCUAUCUGGCUUCUUGAAAAUGUAUUAGAAAAAAGAAAAAGAAAAGAAAAUCAAUCUAUAUUUUCCCAUGGGUGUGAUCUGGCUUAGAGAAUAUGGAAUACUGUCCUGACAGACUUGAAAACUAGGAUCUUCCUCAGAUGUCUGUAAAUAACUCUGGAAUCCAACUGGGCAUAUUCUAGCGUGCAACGACAUAGAACGCAAGUGCUUACUUGUGGAAACCAUCUUACAAUGAAUCAUGAUGCUUUCUUUCUGGUGUACUAUUGUUGACAGGGAUUGUGUACUGUUCUAGACCCAAGUACUGUUGUAUCCUGUGUAGUACUAGAUCGUAUCUCUUGUCUGAACUCAACAUUUUUAGUUGCUGUGUAAAUGUUACGAAGCAAAGUAGCUUUGAAUUUUCUCUUUAAGAGAACAAAAGAUAAUGUAUUUCUUUAUUUCACAUUUUAUUUGGAGAUAUUUAAACAAAAUAGAAAGCCAUAUAACAUAGCUAUAAUUACCUUUUCGCCAUUUUUGUUUAACUUAUUUUGUAGCCUCCUCACCAGUUUGAGUUGCUAAGCAAAUGUAUACAAACUGAGAAAGAGCUUCUUCAGCUGCACAUUUUUGCACCCCUGUGCAUUCCGCGAGAAGACAAUGAAUCCGUAUAUUUCUACAUAAUUAUCUCCAUUUUUAACCUGUUUUCAUUUGUAAUGAUGCUACAUAAUGUUGUGGCUCCCUAAUGCAAUAAUGUACAGAAGAUAUAAAGUUUAUAAUUGAACAAUUUGUCUUUCUGUUCACGGACCCUGUUGCAGGUCAAGCUCCCCUGCCCCCCUUUCUAAGCUGAUGUCAUCAAGACUGGAAUGCUUGUGGUGUCAGGGGCAAGCAGCAUCGUACAACACAGAGUGGAGUGAUCUCUCUUAGAGUAUCUAUAUCUGCAAUCUGUAAAUGGUAAAAUGUCUGUGUAUUUUUUUAAAUGUAUCUUUUCAAUAAAAAGUGCAA